AGGUCGUCAAAGAGAAGAAGACCAAAAAUACCAAAAAUACACAGACACUUCACUUGGGUCGGAGUUGUCUGGAGAUUCUACCAUCUUCAAAUCCAUGUCUUUUCCACUUCAAGAGCUUCAGUCUACUCUGAGUUGAGCAACGACUGUUUUUGAUUUGCAAUUGAAGAUCAGGAUCAUCAAACUUCUUGUGUUUUUUCCAAUUUUGUUUGUUGUUUUUGUGAAUGUGUCGGCAGGAUAAGUUUUCAAAAACUCGCUGUUAAAUACAUGAACUUUACUGUUUUAUGGGUUUGAAUCUGUGUAAUUAUUCCCAUGGAGAUUAGAUCUGAGCUGCGGAAACAUUUACGAAGUGGAACAAGGAAAUGGGCUAUUCUGGUGGGGAUCGUGGCUCUUACUCAUAUCUUGUUGUUACUUUCAUAUGGUGACGUCUUGAGAUAUCUGGUGCCUGAUGGAAGAAGACUUAAACUGCCCAAUGAGAGCAAGAAGCUGAUGACUCUCUCACGAAACACGCUUGCCGUUAGCGUUUCUGAGGAUUCGGGGAUUCAUGUCUUGGAGAAAAAUGCGUCUAUUUCAGGUUUUGGUCUAAGAAAUGAGACGGAGGAUGAUGAAGGGUUUGAUGAAACUGCUGAUUUCGAGAGCUUUGAAGAUGCAAAGGAUAGUGUUGUUGUCAUUAAACAAGUUGUUGAAAGUAGUGACACUCUUUAUCCUUUAGAGAUGAAUGUAAAGCAAAGUGCGGAAAUGUCAACCAGUAAGUAUGGAUAUCAGGUGCAAGAUGUGUCGGUUGAAAGCCAGAAGAAGGUGAAGACCUCUAUGUUAAGUGCAAGUUCAUCAUUAGCUGCUUCAUCCGUGGGGAAGCUACCUGUUUCUGGAAACAGUUCCUUGCUAGUUUCUAAGCAAGUUAGUAAGAAGAAGAAGAUGCGAUGUAACCUUCCACCAAAAACUGUGACAACAAUAGAGGAGAUGAAUCGGAUUUUAGCUAGGCACCGUAGAACUUCACGGGCAAUGCGACCGCGUUGGUCUUCUAGGAGAGAUGAGGAGAUAUUAGCUGCAAGGAAGGAGAUAGAGAAUGCUCCUGUUGCAAAACUUGAACGGGAACUCUACCCUCCAAUAUACCGUAAUGUUUCCAUGUUUAAGAGGAGUUAUGAACUUAUGGAACGGACGCUCAAGGUUUAUGUGUAUAAGGAAGGAAACCGCCCCAUUUUCCAUACUCCAAUACUUAAGGGAUUGUAUGCAUCAGAAGGAUGGUUCAUGAAGUUGAUGGAAGAAAGCAAGCAGUACACUGUAAAGGAUCCCAGAAGGGCUCACUUGUACUAUAUGCCAUUUAGUGCACGGAUGUUAGAAUUCACGCUUUAUGUGCGUAAUUCUCACAACCGCACUAACCUACGUCAGUUUCUUAAGGAAUACACUGAGCACAUCAGUUCCAAGUACCCUUUCUUCAAUAGAACCGAUGGGGCCGAUCAUUUUCUUGUUGCUUGUCAUGAUUGGGCACCAUAUGAGACAAGGCACCACAUGGAGCAUUGCAUUAAAGCUCUAUGCAAUGCAGAUGUAACUGCAGGCUUCAAGAUUGGAAGAGACAUCUCACUCCCUGAAACAUAUGUCCGAGCUGCCAAAAAUCCGCAGCGUGAUUUGGGUGGGAAACCGCCUUCUCAGAGGAGGACCCUGGCUUUCUAUGCUGGAAGCAUGCACGGUUACCUACGUGCAAUUCUGCUGCAGCACUGGAAAGACAAAGACCCGGAAAUGAAAAUCUUCGGUCGAAUGCCAUUAGGUGUAGCGAGCAAGAUGAAUUACAUCGAGCAGAUGAAAAGCAGCAAAUACUGCAUCUGUCCAAAAGGGUACGAGGUCAACAGCCCAAGGGUGGUUGAAUCGAUUUUCUAUGAGUGUGUCCCUGUGAUUAUAUCGGACAACUUUGUGCCGCCUUUCUUUGAGGUUCUUGAUUGGAGCGCGUUCUCAGUCAUUAUUGCGGAGAAAGACAUCCCGAGGUUGAAAGAUAUUUUGUCGUCGAUACCAGAAGAGAAAUACGUGAAGAUGCAAAUGGCAGUGAGAAAGGCGCAAAGGCACUUUCUGUGGCAUGCUAAACCACAGAGAUACGAUCUGUUUCAUAUGGUUUUGCAUUCUAUUUGGUAUAAUAGAGUGUUCCAAGCAAAGCGUAGAUGAUGGACUGCUUUUAUGGCUAAGAGUUGCUAGUAAUGUACUAUGUAGUAAUGUACUUGUCUAUUGUAUGAGUAGGAAUAGCUACAAAGUUUGACUCUACCUUGUAAAUAUUGACCAUAUUCUCUCCUAAUUUUUCUAAACUUUCUAUUACC